AUGGAGUUCGCCCGCCGCCUGUCGCACCAGAAGAUUUUAUUGGUUCACAGACUGGCCUCUAGAAUAAUCCCCCAUAGAUGCCCGUUGAACACAGACAUUGUCUCCACACACAGGAAGAUCUCAUCGACACAACUUUAUCAGACUUUUAUCCCCCACAGUCCUCAGACGUCACCCCUGUCCUGCAGAUUUCACACCAGCUGCAGGAAAUCCGAUGGACGUCGCAGCUCAUUACUGGGUGAUAACGUUGGGUGCUCUGGGGUUAACUCCAGAUUGCCACAGACUGUCUUUGCACCCCAGAACCUCGUCCUGUGUGCCAACACCAUCCACACACUCUGCCCACUUGAAUGUUCUCUUACCACCACAUGUGUGGAUCCUCAUCAAACCCAUCCAGAAAUUGUUUGCCAUCAUCCUGGGCAGGAGUGUACGGGAAUGGUGGAUGAGCCCUGCCAGCGAAAAACCGCCAGCUUGUACAAAGAUUCCCUGCGGCGGAAUUCGGUGGAAGCUGUCUUUUAGCGCGGUGGGGUUCGGAUUCCUGUCAUUUUUUUAUUUCACUUCCUGGAGGAAACGCCAAUCCACCGGACGUAUGCGGCUUCUGAUGUUUAGGAACGGAGCAUUGUGACAUGCUUAAUAAGAUCGGCUUAUGAAAGUGCGAUUGAAGAGUUUAAGGAUGAGAUGAUUCCCGAGAAGGACGAGCUUUAUCAGCAGGUUAAGACGCUUGUCCGACAUCUUAUCGCCUGCAACAGUGACGUGCCUGAGGUGGCCAAGAUUGAGUGGACACUACAUGUGGUGGACAAACCGAUCAUUAAUGCUUAUGUGCUGCCGAACGGUCAGAUAUUUGUGUUCACCGGUAUGCUGGGUGCAGUGGCAGACAGUAACCAGCUUGCCUUCAUUCUGAGUCAUGAAAUCGCGCACGCUAUUUUAGAUCAUACGGCAGAGAAGGUCAGUGUGAGCCAUUUAUUGGAUUUCCUUUUUAUGAUCUCUUUAGUCAUGAUCUGGGCAAUCUGCCCUAUGGACAGUCUUGCUGUGCUCGGCCACUGGAUCCAGUCUAAGUUACAAGAGUAUGUGUUCGAGAGACCAUAUAGCCGGACUUUGGAGACGGAAGCUGAUAAAGUCGGCCUUGAACUUGCUGCGAAGGCCUGCGUUGAUGUGAGGGCCAGCUCUGUGUUCUGGAAACAGAUGGUAGUGAUGGAGACUUAUGGAGAUGAGCCUCAUAUCCCAGAAGUGCUUUCAACCCAUCCAUCACAUGAGAGAAGAGCAGUAUAUCUGGACAGGCUCAUACCAAAGGCCCUUAAAUUGAGAGAGUCUUGUGACUGCCCUCCCCUCAACUCUGUUGACCCCAGAUUAAUUUUCGAGCAGAGCAUGAAGCUUCUUCUACAGUCCUCAAGAGAACGGGAUGACAGAGCGAUAAAAGGCGACCUCCAUCCUGUCUGCACAGAUGACGAAGCUCCUAUCACUGCAGCAGUCAAAGCAGCAUAG